AUGACUGCCUGUUCAUCCAGCAUACUGCAGUCGAAUUCAGAUCAUAAGGUUUGUUUGCUGAUUUUCUUUGGUCUUUAUGGAUGCUCUUACAGCUUUAUUCGUUUCAUCAGAAAUCGGAAGGAGAACGAUGAACUCUACUUAGGAGACGAAGGCGAUAUCGUUGUGUUCCGGGUAGCAAAUUACAUAUGCAAUCUUUCUAUGACGGUGUCCAUCGCUUCCGUCCUGCUGGUGCCGUUUUCCAUUUUUAGUAACGAGUUCUUGUUAAUCUAUCCUCACAGCUUUUAUAUGCAGUGGUUAAACGAGUCCUUAAUUCGAAGCUUGUGGAACUAUGUUUUUUUACUCAACAAUUUGUGUCUUUUCGUACUGCUUCCGUUCGCAUACUUUUUUGUCGAGUCUCAGGGCAUCAUAGGACUUCGCAGCGGAAUUGUGACCCGUGUAUGCGAGACUGUCUCAGUUUGCAUCUUCGUAGUAAUUGUCGUCACAAAUCUAUUCCGUCUCGGUUUCUACUUUUGCUUCGGUGAUCAUAUGGAAUUUCAGUUUUUUUCCUGUAAGUCGUUUCUUUUAAAUUACGCCAUGUAUGAUCAAGGUGCCAUGGGAUGGACUCCUCCAUGUAACUUUUAUGGCAUAGACACAUGUGGUGAUCAUGGGACAGUUCGAGGACUGGAUGGUUGA